UCGCGCUCGCCCGAAACCGAGGGCGCGAUCACGUCAGUUUCAGGAAACCUGCGGUCUCGGAGGCUCGUUUAGUUCACGCGAACACGAGAGUAGAAGAAGAGGAAAAAGAAGAAGAAGAAGAAGAAGAAGAAGAGGAGGGCGAGAAAGAGCGGACGGACUGUCAGCUGUUGGUUUGACGGCGUCCACAGCUCGCCGAUAAAUGUGAUAAAGCUGGCCCCACCAUGUCCAGAAGUUGCUCGUCUAAGAGUAAGAGAUCUGGGGCGCCGCCCGCCCUGCUCGACCCCCCCCAGGCUCCGGGCAUCCACGUCUACCUGUUCUGGUCUAAGCAGGGGGAGCGCUAUUUGUCCCACUCGGGCGGAAGAGUCACGGCGGAGGAGCUGUGCAUCUCCGCUGCGGAAGCUGCAGGGAUCACUCCCCUGUGCCAUGUGUUGUUUGCUCUGUACAAUCCACAAUCACGCUGCUGGUACAGUCCAAACCACGAAUUCAGUCCGGACGGCUCCAACCUCGUUCUUCACUUCCGUAUGAGGUUUUACUUUAGAAAUUGGCACGGGCUAAACGAGAAGGAGCCGACUGUAUCCCGCUAUGCUCUCCGAUCCGGACAUGGGGGUUCUCCUUUGUUUGAAAUCACCUCCUUAGAGUACUUAUUCUUCCAGGCCAAAUAUGAAUUUGUGAACGAGAUGGUGCAUAUGGAAGACGUUCAGUCGGAGGAGGAGCGAAGCCGCUUAAAAAACGAGAGCCUGGGGAUGGCUGUGCUUCAACUCUCCCACCAGUCAAUGGUGACCGGAUGCACCUUACAAGAUGUUGCCGAGAAAGUCAGCUACUUGCACUGCAUCCCAAGGUCCUUCGCCAAGCAAAUUUCCAAAGACAACUUCCUGACAAAAAUCCGCAUCCGGCGGGUUUUCGCGGAGUUCGUGCGGACCUUCCAGCAGCACACCGUGGACACGGGGCGACUCGGGGCCCAGGAGGUCAUGUACAAGUACAUCGCCACGCUGGAACACCUGGCGCCGCGCUUUGGGACGGAGACCUUCCCGGUGUCCCGGUUGGAGCUGAGAGACGACGGCAUCGAAAGCAGCUCUUACUCCAACGCCGGCCGCGGCGAGGGCGCCCCGGAGGAGGACGACGACUACGGCGGCCCGGCCACCCACGAGGUCCUGGUGUCCGGCACCAAGGGGGUCCGAUGGAGGACGGUGUCCGAGCAGAAGGCGCAGGCCAACUUGUACUUGAGGAACGACUACAUGAAGACCAACAAGCAACGGUCCGGCGAGCCGAGCGAAAACACUCCGGAUAAAUGGACCUCCUUCUGCGAUUUCCGAGAAAUAACUCACAUAGCCAUCACUGGAACGAAUGUGUGCAUCAGCACUCUGGACAACCGCUGCUUGGAGGUUCAGAUGAACUCCAGCCAGGAGGCCCGUUCCUUCAUCUCCCUCCUAGAUGGAUACAACCGGCUGACUGCAUUCGCCCACCACUACCUUUGUCAUGAAGUGGCUCCCCCAAGGGUGGUGCUGAGUGUAGCAAAUGGACUGCACGGACCUAUGCAUGACGAUUUCGUGCUGCUGAAGCUGAAGCGGGAGGCUGCAGAGGAGGGAGCUUUCCUCGUACGCUGGAGUGCUCUCGAUUAUCGCCGCAUCAUCCUCGCCGUCCUGAACAAAAAUGAGAACGGAUCAAAGAUCAGCCACAAGCAGUUCCGGAUUCAUCUCAAGGGUCCGAUGUUCUGCCUGGAGGGCUGGGAUCGAGAGUUCUCCAGCAUGAAGGAGCUCGUCGAGAGCCUCAAGACCUUCGUGCUCAAGUCGGGUUCGGAGAGCUUCACGGUCCGAAAGUGCUGUUUGCCGAAACAAGCAGAGCUGUCCAACCUUGUGGUGAUCCGGCAAGGCGUUCCCACCGAACACCUGACCCUGAACAUGACCCAGCUGCGCUUCCACCAGAUCAAGGAGAGAGACAUCGUACAGAAACAGCACCUGGGCCGCGGGACCAGAACCAACAUCUUCUCGGGACAUCUGAUGGUCCAAGGUGGAGGAGACAACGACGAGGACGACGAGUUCAACAACAACUCCGGCGGCCGCAAAGAGAUCCAAGUGGUCCUGAAGAUUCUAGACCAAAGCGAUAAAGACAUCGAUUUAGGCUUUUUGGAAACUGCGAGCCUCAUGAGCCAGGUGUCCCACAACCACCUGGUGUUUGUACACGGCGUGUCAGUCAAAGGCUCCGAGAACAUCAUGGUGGAAGAAUUUGUGGAGUUUGGGCCUUUGGAUGUUUUCCUUCGCAAGGAAAGGGGAUCCGUGAGCCCUCAGUGGAAAUUCAUUGUCGCAAAACAACUCGCCAGUGCCCUCAAUUAUCUCGAGACCAAGCGGCUGGUCCACGGAAACGUCUGUGCCAAGAACAUUCUGGUGGCGCGGCGCGGUCUGGAGAGCGGCACCAGUCCCUUUGUCAAGCUGAGCGACCCGGGGGUUUCCCUGAGUGUCCUCUCGAGGGAAGAGCGCCUGGAGCGCAUUCCCUGGAUCGCCCCCGAGUGCGUCGACACCGGCGCCCACGCCGCCAACGCCGCCGACCAGUGGAGCUUUGGCGUCACGCUGCUCGAAAUCUGCAACAACGGCGACCUUCCCAUGAGCGGCGGCACGCUGUCGGAGAAAGAGCGCUUCUAUCAGCAGAAGGGUCGUCUCGCCGAACCCUCGUCCCAGGAACUGGCAAAGUUCUUCAGCAUGUGUCUGACCUACGAGCCGCUGGAGAGGCCUUCGUUCCGCACCGUGCUCCGAGAGCUCACCGGACUCAUUAUCAUAAAUCCCGAUAUUUCCCCCAGCGAGGCGCUCCCCGACACGGACCCCAGCGUGUUCCACAAACGCUACCUGAAGAAGAUGCGGGACCUGGGGGAGGGCCACUUCGGAAAGGUGACCCUCUACCUGUACGACCCGGCCAACGACGGGACGGGGGAGCGCGUGGCGGUGAAGGCCCUGAAACAAGACAACAGCCAGGUCCUCGAGGGCUGGAUGAAGGAGAUCGAGAUCCUGCGGUCCCUCUACCACAGCAACAUCGUCAAGUACAAGGGCUGCUGCAGUGAGCUGGGAGGACAGGUCGUGCAGCUGAUCAUGGAGUACCUUCCCCUGGGGAGCCUGCGGGACUACCUCCCCAAGCGCAAACUGGGAGUGGCCCAGUGUCUCAUGUUCGCGCAGCAGAUCUGUCAGGGGAUGUUGUACCUUCAGUCCAAGCGAUACAUCCACCGAGACCUGGCUGCCCGUAAUGUCUUGGUGGAAAACGACACUUUGGUGAAGAUUGGGGACUUUGGCCUAACGAAAUACAUCCCCGAAGGCGAGAUCUACUACCGCGUUCGAGAGGACGGGGAGAGCCCGGUCUACUGGUAUGCCAUUGAGUGCUUGAAGGAGAGUAAAUUUUCCUUUUCCUCUGACAUUUGGUCCUUUGGCGUCACGCUGUACGAGAUCCUGACCCGCUGUGAGGCCCGGCUGAGCCCUCCACACGUCUGGUCAGACAUGAUGAAGGAACGCAACGAGGAAAAGAAUGUGAUGGUGCUCAUAAAACUGUUGGACAAACAGUGUCGAUUGCCUCGUCCCAAAGACUGCCCUCAUGAAGUGAGGAUGUUGAUGGAGCAAUGUUGGGCUUCGGAACCGGCACAACGACCAUCAUUCGGAUCCCUCAUCGAAACGCUUGAGGCUAUCCGCCAGACAUACAACUGGCAGCCGAAUAUGAACUUUUCUUUGGCUUAGAUUUGACUUUUUGUAUUUAUAUGUCAAUAAGCUGCCAUCAUGUUGCCCAUAUAUUAGAGGACAGUAGAGUUUCUCGCUGUGCAGUACCUACUCCUUUCAUUUUCACAGAUGUCUUUGCCGGUUUCCUUUUGUUUACAUCACACCGUUAUCCCCUCAAAUGAGAUAUUUACACAAUGAUGAACCUAAGUGUGUAUUUUCUUUUAUUUCUGGUUAAUGAGUUGAACUUGAAAAGUUGGGCAAGUAUCAGCUUCUGCAUUUAAAAGAUUCUAGGUUUGCAUAUAUAACAGUUGGUAUUAGGAAAAUACAGGAUUACUAUCAUUCAUUUACCGUUUGUACAUUCAUUUCUGUGUAUGUUUAACUUUAAUUUAGUGUAAAUCGAGAGAACUAAAUCGAAUAAACAAUUUUUAUAGGA